AUGGGCUAUACAUCAAAUUAUAUAUCAUCGUGUAAACUUAUGGUUCGAAUAAUAAUAACGAAUGAAUCAAGCUUUUUACCCAUUGCUAACACCGAAAAGAAAAGGAAAAAGGAUGUUCCUACUAGUGAAAAAAAUGAAAAAGCCCCACUUAUGCAAGAUCAUCUAAAACCACCGGGUUUGGUCCCCGAAUCUCAAAAAAAUGAGAAAGCACCACUUACUCAAGAUCAUCUAAAAUCGCCGCCGGUUUUGGUCCCCGAAUCUCAAAAAAAUGAAAAAGCACCACUUACUCAAGAUCAGAAAAAUAUACCCCCACCUGUGGCCUCUGAUCCUCAAACAACACCAAUUACAAAUCCUCAAAGUGAUGAUAUUGAGCAAACGGAAAUGAAAGAAGAUACUGAUGAAACUGGAGAAAGUGAUGUAUCUGAAGGUCGUGAAUUGAUAUCCGAUCCUCUCUUACGUUCUAACUUGGAAAGUCUCGUGUCACCAUCAUCUUCUGAAACUCUUGACCCCAGCGAAUUUAUUAGAGUUCACCAAGUUCGCGAUACUCUUGAUAACAUCGUCUCUACUUCUGACCUCUUCCAUUUCCCUGAAGGACCUAAAAAAUACCGUGUUGUCGUUCUCCCUAAAGGCAAAGCUUUACACUUUGUGUAUAAGGUUAUAGUGUUCCCUAAGAGUAAAUAUGCUCACCCUAAAGUUUUCAAGUUAGUUAUUAUACCCGGUAAAAUUACGAGACUUGGCAGAAAAGUCACGUUCAUUGUAAUUCCUAAAGAUGCACCUGGAAGUUGGAAACAAUAUAUAAAGAUGAUGGGGGAGGAAGGCUACGGUUAUGCCAAUAAAGUUUACAACUAUGGUCAAAGUGAAGGUAAAAAUAAAAAUCAUGGUGAAGAAUACGAUGAUGACUGUAAAGAUUGUAAAGGUGGUAUGAAUAAAAAGGGUGAAGGUGAAGAUUGUGAAGAUUAUAAGGUGGUACGAAUAAAAUGUUUGAUAUAG